GAGCGCGCGGGCGGGGCCGGGCCGGCAGGAGCACGCGGCGCCCCGCGUUGCCAUGGUUACGGCUGGGGGCCGACAUGGCGGAGGAGAAGGAGGGAGCCGCCUCGGAAGCCAUAAUAGCAGACAUUCAGAAAAAGAUUACAGAUGCUUUUGAAGUGUUCGACCAUGAAUGCAAUAAAACUGUGGAUGUCAGAGAGAUUGGUACAAUCAUCAGGUCAUUAGGAUGCUGCCCAAGUGAGAGCGAAUUACAUGAUAUGCUUGCAGAGGUAGAAGAAGAAGAACCUACUGGGUAUAUUCGUUUGGAAAAAUUUCUUCCAAUGAUGACAAAAGUAUUAAUGGAAAGAAGAUACCGGCCUAUUCCAGAAGAUGUACUUUUACGUGCCUUUGAGGUUUUAGAUGCGAAUAAAUGCGGACAUCUUACUAAAGAGGAGUUAGUCAAAUAUAUGACUGAAGAAGGUGAACCUUUUACACAGGAAGAAAUGGAGGAGAUGCUGUCUGCUGCUGUAGAUCCUGAAACAAAUACUGUUCGUUACAGAGAUUAUAUUACAAUGAUGGUAGUAGAUGAAAAUUAGGGUUAUUCUGUAGAACUAAUGGGCCACUUAGUUACACCAGCGUAAAUUUGGAGUUAGUCUGGAUAUACAGUGGCAUCACAGAAAUCAGAAUCUGACACAGUGUUUAUAAUACCAAUAAAAUCUUUGUGACAGCAUUUCCUUGGAUUUUGUAUCUUUGAACACAAGAAACAUUUAAGAUGUCUGAAAAAGGGUUAUUGAAAGAAGAAUUUUAUAUGAGAUGGAAAAGAGGAGAGAUGGAAAGCAGGGAAUUCAGAUGUAAU